UAAAAUUUCUUGAAGUAAUCAAGCCCUUCUGUGUUAUCUUGCCUGAAAUCCAAAAGCCAGAACGGAAGAUUCAGUUUAAGGAAAAGGUACUAUGGACAGCUAUCACACUCUUCAUCUUUUUAGUAUGCUGCCAGAUUCCCUUGUUUGGUAUCAUGUCAUCAGACUCGGCAGAUCCUUUCUACUGGAUGAGAGUGAUUUUGGCGUCAAAUAGAGGUACGUUGAUGGAGCUGGGUAUUUCACCUAUUGUCACUUCUGGGCUCAUCAUGCAGCUCUUGGCAGGUGCCAAGAUAAUUGAAGUUGGUGACACCCCAAAGGACAGAGCUCUCUUCAACGGAGCACAGAAAUUGUUUGGAAUGAUCAUUACCAUCGGACAGUCUAUUGUCUAUGUAAUGACUGGAAUGUAUGGAGACCCAUCUGAGAUGGGUGCUGGUAUCUGCUUGCUUAUCACAAUUCAGCUUUUUGUUGCUGGAUUGAUAGUUCUGCUGUUGGAUGAGCUCCUGCAGAAAGGAUAUGGUCUUGGUUCUGGCAUCUCUCUCUUCAUUGCUACCAAUAUCUGUGAGACUAUUGUGUGGAAGGCAUUCAGCCCCACCACGGUGAACACAGGGCGAGGCAUGGAAUUUGAGGGAGCCAUCAUUGCUCUGUUCCAUCUUCUGGCUACUCGUACAGACAAAGUCAGAGCUCUUCGUGAGGCCUUUUACCGUCAGAAUCUCCCCAACCUUAUGAAUCUGAUUGCCACCAUCUUUGUCUUUGCUAUUGUAAUUUAUUUCCAGGGCUUCAGAGUGGAUCUUCCUAUCAAAUCUGCUCGCUACCGUGGCCAGUACAACACCUACCCUAUCAAGCUGUUCUACACUUCCAACAUUCCCAUUAUUCUUCAGUCUGCCCUGGUGUCAAACUUGUAUGUCAUCUCCCAGAUGCUUUCUGCUCGCUUCAGUGGCAACUUACUGGUUAGCCUGUUGGGCACUUGGUCUGACACGUCAUCUGGAGGCCCCGCUCGUGCCUAUCCAGUUGGUGGACUUUGUUAUUAUCUGUCACCUCCAGAGUCCUUUUCUUCAGUGUUAGAAGACCCUGUACAUGCAGUUGUUUAUAUUGUAUUUAUGUUGGGCUCCUGUGCUUUCUUCUCGAAGACAUGGAUUGAAGUCUCUGGCUCCUCUGCCAAAGAUGUUGCCAAACAAUUGAAAGAACAACAAAUGGUAAUGCGAGGCCACAGAGAAACUUCAAUGGUACAUGAACUAAACAGGUACAUCCCUACAGCUGCUGCAUUUGGUGGUCUCUGUAUUGGCGCCCUCUCUGUGUUGGCAGACUUCCUUGGGGCAAUUGGGUCUGGAACUGGAAUUUUGCUCGCUGUCACUAUCAUUUAUCAGUACUUUGAAAUUUUUGUAAAGGAACAGAGUGAAGUUGGCAGUAUGGGAGCUCUUCUUUUCUAAACCUAGCUCCUCAUGGACCUGGGAAAGAGGGGACGAACAUUCUCACAAUAUAGCCAGUCAGGUGAAAAGAAGUAAUGUAAACUUGAUAAUGUCAUUCUAUAGGAACACGUAUUUUAAUAAUGUUUCCAAAGCGCAUUCCCUUAUGUUCAAACUUUUCUAGCAUACUGUUUGCAUUUUAUAAAUUGAUGAGGAAAAAUGUGCAAAAAAAAUUUUUUUUAAGAAAAUUAUUUUUUAAUUAGGUGUUAGGAAAAUCAGCUUUCUGAAUUGGAUUUAGUUCAAUGACUCUUGAAAUUUUUUUGAGCCCCU